AACAGCGUUGCCUUCUUACCGCGUAGGCCCCAAACUGAAGUCACUGAGUGAUUGUUGUCAUGUGAUGUGGGUCAAAACGUUAUCCUCUGACCGGAGAACGGCGAUAACUAAUGGCUUGUUGCUUUUUACAGUCUCGAAGAUAUGACUCCAGAACUACUAUAUUUUCUCCAGAAGGUCGCUUGUAUCAGGUUGAAUAUGCCAUGGAAGCAAUUGGACAUGCAGGUACUUGCUUGGGAAUUCUGGCAAAUGAUGGUGUUUUGCUAGCAGCAGAGAGACGCAACAUUCACAAGCUUCUUGAUGAAGUCUUUUUCUCAGAGAAAAUAUACAAACUUAAUGAGGAUAUGGCUUGCAGUGUUGCCGGGAUAACUUCAGAUGCCAAUGUUCUAACAAAUGAACUGAGACUGAUUGCACAGAGGUAUCUGUUACAAUACCAAGAGCCUAUUCCUUGUGAACAACUGGUAACAGCACUAUGUGACAUCAAGCAGGCUUAUACACAGUUUGGAGGAAAACGUCCUUUUGGUGUUUCAUUGCUGUACAUUGGCUGGGAUAAGCAUUAUGGAUUUCAGCUCUAUCAAAGUGAUCCUAGUGGAAAUUACGGAGGGUGGAAAGCUACAUGCAUUGGGAAUAAUAGUGCUGCAGCUGUGUCAAUGCUAAAACAAGACUACAAAGAAGGAGAAAUGACCUUAAAGACUGCACUUGCAUUAGCCAUUAAGGUUCUAAACAAAACCAUGGAUGUCAGCAAACUCUCUGCAGAGAAAGUUGAAAUUGCAACAUUGACAAGAGAGAACGGAAAGACGGUAAUAAGGGUUUUGAAGCAAAAGGAGGUGGAACAGUUGAUAAAACAACAUGAGGAGGAAGAAGCAAAAGCUGAACGUGAAAAGAAGGAAAAAGAACAAAAAGAAAAGGAUAAAUAGCAUAUGAAAUCAAGAGUUCUGUAGAUAGUAUAGGACCUGCUUCAGUAAAAGAUAAUCCGGAUUUCUGUUUCGUAGAAGCCUACAAAUAUGCCAUGGAGGACCAAGAAGUACUCUUGAUGAGCCAGGUCCUUAAUCAUCAUUCAGAUAAUUAGUUUACCACUCCUUACACUGAACAAUAAUUGCUUUAAUUCUUGAACACGCUAUUUCUUUUGUCUCUAUUUUUUAUUAUGGAAUAAAAUUAAGAAGAAGAGCGAUGGGUGUCUUUAUUUCCUGAGUAAUACCUGGAUAUGUACAACCUUGAAGCAAUUGAUUGCUUUCAAGUAUUAAAACAAGGUAUACUCUAGUUGGUAAAGAAGUACGACGUUAUAAUUGUUAGAAUUUUACGUGUAUGUGUGGGUUUUUCUUUUAAAGUAGUGAAAAGGGCUCCUAAGUUCUGAAAAUCCUUUGUGAGAUGUUUUCACAGAUGCAGAAUUAAAGUGUGCUGGCAUGCCUAGUUUUAAUUUUGGCUGAUUUCAUUCUCUUAACAGGCUAUGUCAAGCUGAUAUUCUUAAAAGCAGUAGUGUUUUGAACAUGUCCUGUAGCAAACAUGUUCAGUUCUUCAUAGCCUUUCACGAGUGUAUGUGUUUUCUAAGAAAUUAGCCAUAUCACACUAGCUAUAUUCACACAAGUUAGAAAGACAUUUUACAAAGGCCACAUGAAAAUGUUAAGCUAUCUGUAUAGUACUCUUGUCGUCAUACAAAAAGUUAAAUGUUUUGGCAUGUUUUUAGGCCAUGUUGCCUAUUUUGCAUUUUAUCCUGAAAGGAAAAAGGAGUGUUUUAUAUUCUUUAGUUUAAUGUUGCUGAUAUUUCCCUAAGGAAUUUAAUUCCCUUUUCUAAACUGUUGUCUGUCAGAACUAACCAACCAGUUAACGACUUGGGAAAUCAAAGUAUUUGUACAUAAGCUAGAAAUUUGAAUAUUUUUUGUUCAGUUUGUCCCUGUUCCUCUGCUGAAUGCAAAAUAAUUCAUGCUAUGAUUUUGAGAUGAACUUCUAGUUCUGAGGAAAAUGAAUCUAGAAUUAGUAACGGUGAUGUACGCAAGUUACUGAAAUUUAUCUUGCUCCCUUUUUCAACCUGCUUUUGGUAACUCAAAUCUCACCUGAGUGACAGGUUCUUAUUUGAGAGGCUUUAUCUGUUGAACUUUAAAAUUCUGGUAAUGGUGAUUGUGACACACUCUUUGUGACUGAGCCUGGAUAAUGUCUAUACUGUAGAGUGGGUUUUUUUGGUUGUUUUUGGUUUUUUUUUUGUUUGUUUUGUUUUAACCCCAGAAGAAAUCUGAUGUUUACAGGAUUUAAUAUGACCGCUUAAAGAAACUGAGUAAAUGCCUACUGUAUUUUAUUAUAAUCUAUCCCAGACACUUUUGUCUGAUAAAAUGUCCUUUGCCGAAAUGGCCAGGAAUUAUCCUUAGUCUCAACAAAACCCGUUUUUGAUCUCAUUGCUGUAAGAGUCACUGUUGAGAAGAAGAAUCUGACUUGAGGUGUCUGUGCUGCAGCUUGCAUAGACAUAGCAUGCUCACUGGUAAUCUCUGUGUGGACAGUGGCGUGAGCUGACACGGGUUCUGUGCAGGCUGCAGCCCCUGCUUGUUAAUUUUAUAAGUCUUGGUGCAGAAUAAUUGCUUUAGUCUUUGUACUGUACUUAGACUGUAGUCAAAUUUUAUAGUUAUACAAGUUACAGUGAGUUUUAUUUGCGCCUGAGUAGUUGCAGUCAACAUGCAAUGAACAAGUUUUAAUUUCCAUUAUAAAGGGUCGUUAAAUACCUCAAGCUCUGUUUUUAUAUGUAUUUAAGAAGUGCUCAAUCUCCUUUUGUUUUUUUUAUACUAUGAAUGCAAUAUAUCAGCACCUAUUGCCGAUUUCUAGAUCAUUGAUGAUGGUUGUUAUGUAAAGCGCUUGGAAUAUGUCCUAAAAUCAGCAGUGCCAAAACAGACUUUUUUUUUUUUUUUUUAACUUUGUCAGAGAUCACUUGAAAGAAAAUGUGGUAAACUCCAGCAAUGCUUUGUAUACUUGUCUUCUGGCAAUCCAUUAGAGCAGUUAAGUGUGGGUUCAUCAAUGUAUAUAAAUCAUGCAAGGCAAUCUGCUUAGUGUACUGGUAGAAGUAUUAUUAGAUAGUUUAGGAUAUGUAUUUACUAAAUUUUUUUCUUAAAUGAUUCUGUUUCUAACAAUUAAAGAGGGGAAAACAAUUACGUUUGGAGUUUUGUUUAAAGAAUUACCAAUAGUAUUUCUUUGCCAAACACUGCAUUAUUUGCUGGUAAAGGAGAGCCUUUCAGAUACUGUAAUAAUCUAACCCGGGUAUGGUUUAAAUAUCUUUCUAAUCUGUACUCCGUUAUGUAUGGAAACAUAGUGAAAAGCUGUGUCAUUACGCUACAUUUCAAAACAUUUUUAUGUAAAGGUUUUAUUUACAAAAAAUAAGAAUAUUGUGAAAUAUUUUAAGAGUAUAAUCUCUGAACAAUAAUUACCAGUUUAAUUCAGAAAGUGCUGACUCCACUGAGUGCCAUUACUAGUUUAUUGUGAGAAGAGUCUCACUACUGCCUUGGAAUAGACAAGUAACUGUAACACUUCCAAUAUGCUGUACAGUAGUUGGCACUCAGAUCUAAGAUGUACAGUAAUGUUCUAAACUAGAUUUACUUUCUGAUUCUUGGCUGUAUUUGAACCUAGGACAGUAAACAGAUGCUGGAGAUCUUUUAUUGACUAGACUCUUAUGGGGAUAUCCUUACACUAAUUCAAGUUUCUUACCUGUUUUUCCUAGGAAUAGAGCAGUGUUUGACUGCGUAGGCCUAUUGUGUAGUUUCUAGCUUUGUGUAAAAAAAAAAAAAAAAAAAAAAAAAAAA